AUGGGGGCAUGCUGCGGCUUCUCGUACGGCCUCAUCGACACGUUGAACAAGCACUUCCAGGUCACUUUGGGCGUCACACGCUCUCGUUCCUCUGGUUUACAAGCCGCAUAUUUUGGCGCAUAUCCGCUUGCAUCACUUGGGCACGCAAACUGGCUGUUGCGCAACUGGGGAUACAAAGCCACAUUCAUCUGGGGCCUCACUCUUUACGGCAUUGGCGCUUUGCUUGCGUGGCCGUGCCUUGUAUACCGUUCGUUUGGAGGGUUCUGUGCAGCUACCUUUGUUAUUGGUAACGGUCUCGGUUCCCUUGAGACGGCCGCGAACCCAUACCUUGCAGUUUGCGGUCCGCCCAAGUACUCUGAGAUCCGAAUCAACAUUGCGCAAGCCUUUAACGGUGUCGGAACGGUAGUAGCGCCCGUUUUGGCUUCCUACGUCUUCUUCAACAAUGUAGGAACUGAUCAGAAAGCAUUGGAAAACGUACAAUGGACGUACCUCGGAAUCGCGUCAUUCGUCUUCCUUCUUGCCAUUGUUUACUAUUUCACCGAAAUUCCCGAGAUUACUGAUGCCGACAUGGCCUUCCAGGCUGAAAGUGCGCAUGGAGCUACUGAUCAGAAGCCUUUCAGCAAGCAAUACCGCCUGUUUCACGCAACAUUUGCUCAGUUCUGCUACACCGGAGCCCAGGUUGCGAUUGCUGGCGCUUUCAUCAACUAUGUUACCGAAACACGUGUGGUAGGGGGCAGGAUAACGUCAAACUCUACAGCAUCGCGGUUCCUCGCGGGUGCGCAGGGCUGCUUCACUUUGGGCCGUUUCAUCGGAAGUGCGCUCAUGAAGUUUGUCAAGCCGCGAUGGGUCUUCCUUGUGUACAUGGCAGGUUGUAUCAUCUUCAUCAUCCCCGCAAUUACGGAGCGAGGCAACACUGGUAUGAGCAUGCUCUACAUUGUACUCUUCUUCGAGAGUAUCAUCUUCCCGACAAUCGUGGCGCUCGGCAUGCGCGGUCUGGGCAAAUACUCAAAGCGUGGAUCAGGAUUCAUCGUGGGAGGUGUUGCUGGCGGUGCUGUGGUGCCACCUCUUCUCUUUGCUGCAAGUGAUUCACUCGGAAAACCCAGGCCGCUUGACGGAUACGCGCCCACGGCGACGGCUAUGACGGUACCACUGGCAUUUUUCGUUGCUGCUGCGACAUACACCAUCUGCGUCAACUUCGUGCCGGCCUACAGGAACGUGGCAGACACUUUCUCGGAGACUGAGAUUGGCAUCACCAACGCUCAUGCAGCUGAUCCGGAGAACCAGGUUGAGAGCAAAGAGGCCGGCAUCGUUGGCAAGGAUGACUCGCCGGCACAUUCAGAGGCAGUAGAUGUAGGCCGAAAGAUGUAG